AUGAGUUCAUUGAAGCAAUUCAUACGCAAUGUGCGAGCUUCGAAAACAAUCGCAGAUGAGCGCGCAGUUGUCCAAAAGGAAAGUGCUGCUAUAAGAGCCAGUUUUCGUGAAGAAAGUGGUGAUCAUAAUGUUAGACGAAACAAUGUAGCAAAGCUAUUAUACCUAUUCACCUUGGGUGAGAGAACACAUUUUGGUCAAAUAGAAUGUCUCAAGCUUCUGGCUUCUCCAAGAUUCGCAGAUAAGAGGUUAGGAUAUUUAGGCACAAUGCUUCUGCUGGACGAGAAUCAGGAGGUAUUGACAUUGGUUACGAACUCUUUAAAGAAUGACCUCAAUCAUUCUAACCAAUAUAUCGUUGGUCUGGCUCUAUGUACCCUAGGCAACAUUGCAUCGGUUGAAAUGUCUCGAGAUUUAUUCCCCGAAAUCGAAACCCUUCUCUCCACCGCGAACCCAUAUAUUCGUCGCAAGGCCGCAUUAUGUGCCAUGAGGAUAUGUAAGAAGGUACCAGAUCUGCAAGAACAUUUCCUCGAAAAGGCGGCAAACCUUCUUUCGGAUCGAAACCAUGGUGUUUUGCUGUGCGGUCUUACAUUAGUAACAAAUCUUUGUGAAAUGGACGAGGCCGAAGGUGGAGAGGAAGGAAUCGUGGAGAAAUUCAGACCAUUUAGCGGAGGUUUAGUCAGAACACUGAAGGGCUUGGCUAGCUCCGGUUACGCCCCUGAGCAUGAUGUUACUGGAGUUACGGAUCCAUUCUUACAAGUAAAGAUAUUACAAUUGUUGAGAGUUCUUGGCAGGGGAGAUCCAGAGACCAGUGAACAAAUUAACGACAUUUUGGCCCAGGUUGCUACGAACACGGACUCCUCCAAGAAUGUUGGAAACUCUAUUUUAUACGAGGCUGUCCUCACUAUUCUUGAUAUUGAAGCCGAUUCUGGUUUGAGAGUACUUGGUGUCAAUAUCCUCGGAAAGUUCCUUUCAAAUCGGGACAACAAUAUUCGAUAUGUCGCUUUGAAUACACUUAUCAAGGUAGUCGCUAUUGAGCCAAAUGCAGUCCAAAGACAUAGAAAUACUAUCCUUGAAUGUCUGCGAGAUCCCGAUAUCAGUAUCAGGCGGCGUGCAUUGGAUUUAAGUUUCACUCUCAUUAAUGAGAGUAAUGUUAGGGUACUUAUUAGGGAGCUUCUUGCUUUCUUGGAAGUUGCCGAUAAUGAGUUCAAACCAAUCAUGACCAGUCAAAUCGGUAUCGCAGCAGACAGAUUUUCACCAAAUAAAAGAUGGCAUGUGGAUACCAUGCUGAGAGUUUUGACCUUGGCGGGAAAUUACGUCAAAGAGCAAAUUUUGUCCUCAUUUAUCCGACUAAUUGCGACAACCCCUGAAUUGCAGACUUAUGCGGUACAAAAGCUUUAUACUAGCUUGAAAAAAGACAUUACUCAAGAAGGUCUUACUUUGGCCGGUGCAUGGUGCAUUGGUGAAUAUGGAGAGACUUUAUUACGUGGUGGACAAUACGAGGAAGAAGAACUUGUGCAAGAAGUCAAGGAGAAUGAAGUUGUGGAUUUGUUCUCGACCAUUCUCAACAGCAGUUACGCCACCCAGAUCGCAACCGAAUAUAUUGUCACAUCUUUGAUGAAGCUCAGUACACGUUUAUCCGACCCUGCACAAAUUGAUCGAAUUCGACGAAUUUUAGCAAAUAAUGCAACAAACCUUGAUGUCGAGGUUCAACAGCGAGCGGUGGAAUAUGGCAACUUGUUUAGUUAUGACUCUAUCAGAAAAGGUGUUUUGGAGAAAAUGCCUCCACCACAAAUCAAGGAAGAGUCACGAGUACUGGGAGAGGCAAGCAAGAAACCGAGCAAAGCAUCAAACAGAAAGUCGAAGACGGUCAAACCGGCAGAACAGGAUUUGUUGUUUGAUCUAAUGGGCGAUGGAGGAAUGCCUGACGCAAAUGUUGGUGGUGCUAAUGGGGGAUCUCAAAAUAAUGCAGACCUUCUAGCAGACAUCCUUGGAGGCACUGGUUCAUCUCAACCCUCAUCACCUCCGGCUCAACAGUCAAACAUGAGUUCAAUCAUGGACUUAUUCGACAGCACACCAGCUCAACAACAACCUUCUGCUAUGACAACUCCCUCAAAUGAUCUCUUCUCUGGUGUAUCUUCACCUCCACCUCAAGCACCUUCAAUCCCAACACAUCCAUGUUACGACAAGAAUGAUCUCAACAUUGUCUUACAACUUCAACGAAAUGCAGAAGGUGUUGUACAAGUAUUGGCUCGAUUCAGAAACUCAUCCAUGCAUCAAUCUUUGUCUGCAGUGGCAUUACAAGCUGCAGUACCCAAAACACAAAAGCUUCAAUUGAACGCAAUGUCAAAUUCGAAUUUGGGUCCUGGGGUAGAAGCAACACAAUCAAUGAGAAUUACAGGAAGUAAAGGAGCUUUGAAGAAUUCGUUUGAUGAUCAAUUUUGGUAUCUCGGAUGCCGUCGAUGGUUGAUGACAUAUCACUUUUUAGAAAUAUUCAGCAGCCGAAUCUACCCACGAGUUGCUUCCGAAUUUCUACUAUUCAAUGGCAAAUGCGUGCUCACAGCGACCUCCAAGCAUGUCGCAAAAUAA